UUUGUUAGUUGUCAGCUGUGGUCACAUUGCGCUGCGUGUUAUGCAAAAGGCGUCUUGAAUUUUUAGCUGGCAAUUUCGUAUUUUUCAACCGAUUAUCAAAGCCAGCCAACAUGGCGACGGCCGUGCCGCAUGUGCCCCCUAAACAGGACCUACCACCGCCCGGUGGCUACAAGAAGAUACCCUUUGCUCGUGUGCCGCCCAAGAGCUACUUCACAGGCUUCACCAUGAUUGGCACCUAUGUGGCCGUCACCGCUGUCGGUAUAGGCAUCUAUUAUUUGACAGCCAAAAAGGUCAGGCGCGACGAGAUUGAGAUGCGCUCGGCCCAGAACGUCAUCCUUCCGCUGUUGAUUGCGGAGCGUGAUCGUGAAUUUUUGCGCCAACUGCGCCGCAAUCGUGACGAGGAGGCUGAACUCAUGAAGAAUGUGCCCGGUUGGGAGGUGGGCACCUGGUAUGGUGAGCCCAUCUUCAAGACACUGCCCGAGGACACACUAGUUACACCCAUAUUCAAGGAGUUCUAUGCUCACGCCGACUGGAAAUCAUACGCCAAGCGUGCACACCUCAAGCUCUGGUCGUAAACGAAAAAGGCUGGGAGCAGGACAGCUGCCUCCGGCUGCUGCUGCUGCUGCUGCCGGCUGCUCCCACUCUUCAGCUAAUUAGUUAAAUGCACCUUUUUUGUUUGUAGCUUCGCCUAAGCGCUAUUUAAAAUGAUUAAUAAACCAAUUGCUGCCUGCAUUGGUUAGUAUGAAAGAAAGAGAAGUAAA